CGAUCAGGAACGACAACGACACCUCAAUCGAAACCACCACUCGCCAUUGUGAAUUCUUCCGCCUGUCGCAAUGGGUAUCUGGGACGCCUUUACCGAUAUUGUCGAGGCCGUGACGCCAUGGAGCGUCGUCGAGGCUGAGGCUCCUGCCGAGCCCAAGGAGGAGCCCGAGGCCGAGACCGAGACCAAGGACGAGCCCGAGGAGGAGGAAGAGGAAGAGGAGGACGAGGAUGAGGAUGAGGAGGAUGAGGAGGAGCUCGUCGACCCCAAGGAUACCCUCGAGGAAGAGUGCCGGAACUCUCCCCAGUGUGCUCCCGCCAAGCACCACUUUGAUGAGUGCGUUGAGCGCGUGCAGCAGCAAGAGAGCGAGGGUGGUGCCAAGGAGGACUGCGUUGAGGAGUUCUUCCACCUGGCUCACUGCGCGACCGCCUGCGCUGCUCCUAAGCUUUGGGCUAAGCUCAAGUAAAUACUCGAUCAACCGAGUCAUCCGAUGCGAACGAUUCGUAUUGACGAGAUGACUAUACCAUGUCGAGACGCCAUGCCGGAACGAGGCAAAGGAUACUCUUGCGGGGGCUUCCUUGUACGAUUGGUCGUCUGUUGGAUGUCAAGUCCAGAGCACUGUCUGACGGCUCUCUCUGUAUCAUACGCUGCAACGCCUGAAUAGAUUUCUUUCAUCAACUUG